AGCUUCCAAGGCCCUCGUUUGCAGGCUCGCGACGACGGAACAGUUGAUCGAGUCGCGCAUCGCGAAUUGCGAAUUGCGAAUUGCGAAUUGCGAAUUGCGAAUUGCGAAUUGCGAAUUGUUCACAUUCGCGUGGUCUGGUGGCGUCCUGACUGGGGCUCCGUGGCCUUCCCCCUUCCACCGUCGCUGUUUUUGCCCAACAGAGGAGAGAGGAGGACAAAUACGACUUGGCAGCAGACCAAUCACCAACUCCUUUACUGAUACCGUAUCCGAUAAGCCUACGCAACGCAACGCAACGCAACGCGACACGACACGAUAUCUUACAGCACAGCACAACACCUCGCAGCACGCGACAGCACGAUAGCAGCGGACGGUCAAGAUACAGCGAGGCCGGCGGGAGAACGUGAGCCGUCUCCUAUGUUCGGCAUCCUGGGCUCCAUCGAUGUCGGCUCCGGCCAGACCUACCCGACCUUCGAGGACCUGUUUAGGGACCUCAAGACUAGGCUCCAGAAGGACGGCUACAAGGUUGUCAAGUCCCGCACCCAUCGCAACAAGGUAGCCGGCAACUACGAGAAGGGCAGCGAAGUUGUCCGCUGUGAUCUGGUCUGCGACCGGGGCGGCCAGCCCUAUAAAUGUACCGCCACACAGCUCAAGACGUCGACCAAGAAGACCAACUGUCCCUGGCGCGCCAAGGCCGUGAACCGCAAGACCCUGGGCGCCUGGGUCCUCACUGUCAUCUGCGACCAGCACAACCAUGAGCCACGGACUCCCGAACCUCCGACAGACGACGAGGAGGAGGAAGCGGAUGCUGAGGGAGAUACGGAGCUCGUGAAUGGUGAUGAAGGUCCCCAAGAAAACGAGGCACCGAGUCCCAACCCGGACACGACCGCGGCCUUGGCUGUUGCCGGCGUCAUGCCCUCAACCAUGCGCCUAACAGGGGAUGCGUUCCAUCAGUUGAAGAAUGAGUACCGACGUAUGCCCAGGUCAGAACGAAUCGGCAUUCUUGCCCAGAUGCAGAUGCGCAUCGCUGCCAUCUACGCCAUCGAGAACGAGGACAUUCAAAGACAGGAGCGCCAGGCGCGACAGGAACGAAAACACCAAGCGAUGGGGCAGAACAGGCGUCGGGCAGCGGAACAGCAGCUGCAGCAGCUCCAGCAGCAGCAACACAAUCAACAUGAACAGCAGCUGCAGCAGCAGCAACCCCAAAUGCAGCCUCACCAGCAACAACAGGUACAGCCCCAUCCGCAACAACAGGUGCAGCAACAGGUACAGCAACAGGUGCAGCAACACCAUCAACAAACGCCGCCACAGCAUCAGCAGCACCUACCUCACCAACAACCCCAACAGCACCCGCACCAACAUCAACAAACACAACACCAACAUCCACAACACCAACAUCCACAACAUCAACUUCCGCAACAUCAACAUCCACAGCAUCAGCAACACCAGCAGCACCACGUCAUGGCGGCCCAAUUCGCCAGCAUGGCCGCCGGCGCAGCUAAACACCACUUCCAGCAGACAGCCGAAGAAGAACAGGCACAGGCCCAGGAACGACGCCGCCACCUGACGCAGAUCGCCCGGGAACACCUCGGCACCGCCGUGCAGCAGGUCCAGCAGAUCCCCCAGGUCCCCCAGGUCCCACAGGUCCAGCAGGUUCCGCAAGUCCAGCAAGUCCAACCGGCCCAGCUACAGCAGGCGUCGAUACAGGCUGGGGCGGUCCAGCAAACCCCCGUGCCGGUCCCGCAGUUCCCCAUGCCGCCGUCCGCCCCGGGGAGUCAGGCUAUCUUCCGACACUACACGGGGACGCCGCAGCCGGCGAACCCCCCAGGGACUCCCACACAAGCACAAGCACAACCAAAACGUCGCGGUCGGCCACCCAAGGACGCUGGCAAAGGGACCAACGGUGGAGGUGUAUGAGUAGGCUUGAUAACUUGUCAAGUCUGUCUGUAAGGUGUCUGUAGGAUGGGUUCAUGUCAAGAACGACGUCUCCACUUGCUGUCAAGACACCGAUAUGGAAGACCGGUACAAUGUGCUAUGAGUCUUCGGACAGGACUUUGCGGGGCGUUAUGGGAUUUUUUUGCUACGAUGUAUUUUUCUAUAGGCUUUGAGGAAGGGAAUAUUCUGGGCAGGAAGGGACGGAUCUGGAAAGGCAACGGCAUGGGCAUGGGAUACAGGGUGUCGUAACAGACGCGGUCGACUGGACAAUGAUUUCCUACGAUGAAAACGGUAUUCUCUGAUGAUCCUGAUUCUAGGCGUCGUCGCAUGCCCGCGACGUGUCUUGCGUGAACCUGGCUAGCAGAAGACAACAGG